GAGGUGUUUCAAUGCCAGGAAGAGUCGCUGUUCUACAGCCAGGUUCUCGAGAAGAUGUUGCCUAUUGCGGCCGCCGAUAGCGAGCGGCCGCUCAAGGUUGUGGAGUUUGGAACGGGCGACGGCAAGCCGGUGAUUAAUGCGUUGAAUGUGACAAGGCUUGGCUGCGUCGUAUACGGCUUUGAGCUCAACCCUAUUUCCGCGGGCCUGGCGCGCGACAACGCCGCCGCCUUCGGAAUGUCCGAGCGAUACCAGGUAGGCACCUCCGCCCCUAAUUCGCCCACAGCCGGCGCCGUCUGCCUCAUCGCAAAUCCGCCGUACUUGCCCGCCCCCAACUCCGACAUUCUGAUGCCCGAGCUGCAUGGCGGCGUUGACGGCGGGGAACUCACGAGGAGCCUACUGUCCUUGGGCUUUCCCUAUGCUGUGCUGCUGUUGUCGUCGUUCUCCAACCCAGCUUCCCUACUGCGGCACGCCGCGGCGGAGGGUUACCGUGUCGUGGACUUCCAGGUCACCCCGCUGUCCUUCGGCAUCUAUUCCUCAGAGCCCAAGGUCCGGAGCUGGAUUGCGGCUAUGAAGGCGCGCGGCGAGGCGUUCUAUAGGGGCAACAUUUACGUGCUCGCGGGAGUCCUUUUUGAGAAGAAGAGU